AUGCCAAUAAAGCUGCCCAAAGGCUUUACCCGGCGGAAAUCGUCUGGGAAUGUGUUAGAUGAGGUUGAAAAUCCUCCUCAGUCUUCUUUCCGUGUCUUUGACCGCACGUCGGGAGACAGGAAAUCUUUCAGUGAUGUCAAUCUAAUAAGGAGAUCGAUGACUGAAGGGCACCCAUACUCGCCUACGGAGGAUUCGGACAACAUUUUUGCUCCAUCGGAAAAGCCACAGUCCAAAAAUCGUGGUGGUGACGAGAAUUCACCGUCAGUACGAUUCAGCACCUCCUCAGACGCACCGAGACAAGGCGACGCCCAAUCGACGCAUUCGAGAAAUUUGCACGAUAUACCGAUUCCCCCACUCACUGGUGCUUUACGAGCAGCAACUCGAACGUUCUCCCUGGGUGGAAGACUGUCCAGGACGUCGACGAACACUCCACCGCCUCAGAAAUCAGCAGCCAACUCAAAGAACAGUCCUAUGGAAGCGAGCACCGCGAGCACUCCAACUCCCCCCAAGCUGUUGGAUGCAGAUUUGAACCUGGGGAAAAUAGACAACGAUUUUCAAAAUAUGCUGAACGAUUUCGGGCAGCGAGAAAACAUGCAUGCGCCCUCCACACCAGACGACUCAACCAUGAGUUUUCGAAAAGAUGACAAGGCAUCACGGCCGGCACCUAUUAAUACCGACCGGUCCAGGGAAGUGGAGCCUUCACCGUAUUCCUGGGAUAGUCGCCAUUCAGAAGAAGGAUUGCUUAAUACAUACGACUCGAUGCCGACAGCUACCACCGCCCAUCGUUCUCUAGAGAAACCCAAGAUUGGGAACGAUCGAGGAUUGAGAAGAAGCGUUAUGUACUCGGGAAAACGAGCAUCCACAACCUUUGAAGACGACGAUUCUAAAUUGAUUAUGGAGUCCCUGUAUUCGAAGGGUGGCUCCCAGUUACACUUGGCAUUGGACCACGACGCCUCGGACGCAGAAAACGAGACCCCUCUCUUCGGAAAUGGGAAAUUGUCGGCCCCAGGCCAUUCUGACCGCCGUGUGCCCGUUCCCAUACGGGCUCACAAGUCACCUGGUCCAACCGAGUUACGACCAGACCCUUCAAUUGCAGCACACGCUAGAUUAGCUGCACGGUACGAACAGAGUCUGCCGAAGACCAAUUCAUCAAAUAAAAUCAUGACACCUUCUCAAUUUGAACACUAUAGACAACAACAAGAAUUGAGGCGGUCGAACAGCAAUGCAUCGAAGAGUGAAGACUCCGCGGAAAGUGAAUUCGAUGAGGAAGAUGAGACGGAGAAGAACCGCGAAGCUGAAAGACAGAGGCGGAAACAAGAAGCCCAUUUGUCGGUGUACAGACAACAGAUGAUGAAGGUGACUGGACAAAAAUCUCCAGCGCCCUCGCUUCGUCCAGAAAUGGACCGGGCCAGCAGUAGCACGCCUAAUCUGACAACCCGCUCAUCCAAUCCCGAAUAUCAUGUUGAAAGUGGAAAGAGCAGCGAUGGAGGAGACGAAGAUGAAGAGAUCCCAUUGGGUAUCUUGGCAGCACAUGGGUUCCCGAACAGGAACCGCCCCCCAACCCGCCUGACCUCUUCCACCUCUAUUCCGAAUCUCCGGGCCUCAUACCAGCCGUACGUAUCGUCCCCGGGUUCCGGUGGAUCUGCAGAGAAUGACAUGGGUAACCGCGGCAGCUUGCCUGCAUUUGCGCGGAACUUACCGCGGGACCCCUACUAUGGCGCUAGUUUAGUCAACCCCUCCAACCGAGAACCUCUGGCUCUGGGUGCAGGCGCCGGAGGCGGAGGUGGGGGUGGAACUGGAUCAGUGCACGGAGCUCCAGCGUCUUCAUUGCCACCUGGGGGACUAGUGGGAGUCAUCGCUACGGAAGAGCGGGCCAGGGCGAUGAGGAGAGGCAGCCCAAACACUCAGGCGGUCUACGACUAUCAAGGAGCCAUGCCUGGUGUGGCUCCCCAUGGCAGCGGCAACGGUAUUCCCAGACCUUACACAAUGAUGAAUCUAAACCCUCCGAACACACCAAGUCCCCAGCCAGCAUUAUCCGCCACCGAGCACGCACAAAUACAACUGUCGCAACAGAUGGCGCAUAUGAUGCAGAUGCAGAUGCAAUGGAUGCAGCAAAUAGUUCAAAUCCAGGGCGGACAGGGCCCACCCCAACCACAUAUGCCAAAAGCUUUCCCCACUGGACUGGCAGCCAAUACCAACUCGAGACCAGCAUCCAUGCCUUCCGCUGCAGUAUUCAACAAUACCCCUGGCGGUCAUUAUGGUGACCAGAGAACGCUCAGCAUGCUUGAUCCGAACGCUUCUUCCCGAUUGAAUGGGGCCCCCAUGCCAUACCUUUCCGCGGGUGAUAACCGGCCGGGAACACCAGCCGGACAGGGCUAUGCUCCAUCCAUCGCACCAUCUGAGCGAAGUAACGUUGGAAUGGCGCCUCGGUACCGGCCUGUUUCGACGCUACACGCAGAGCAGGGACAUUCUUUUACUCCAUCCAUGUCAGGGCCAUGGAACGACGAAAAUCAGAAACCGACCAUCUCAGUUGUUUCACCGUCUCCAUCACAUCUGUCAAAGACACCGCCAAUGUCAACUGGGGCGGCUCGUCCGAUUUCCAGUGGUGGAAGGUCAACGAUGGUUGGCAAGCAAAAAAACCGUGCCGUGUCGGAUGACGAAGAUGACGAUGAGGCUUGGGCUGAGAUGAUGAAGAGACGAGAGAAGAAAAAAAAUGACUGGAAAACCAAAAAGGAAACAUCCAACUUUGGAGAUCUGUUGAAUGUGGUGCAUUGA